UGCAUUAUGCUGUUACCUGGUAUUCAUUCUGCGUCUCUCUGCCAUCUCUCUUUGUGCAUUUUGCUCCUCUUCCCUUUGGAAUUUCACCGACCACUUCCUCAAAGAAGUGCCUCAAAGCCCUCUGAACUUUGUAAAGGCUGCAAGGAAGCCAUCGAUAAAGUAAAAAAGCUCUACAAUCAAACAUGGAAAAAGCAGGAGGAGAAUUACCACAGAUUCAGAUUACAGCUGAACAUCAAUUGCAAUGGAUCCAACAAUGGCAUUAUCACUCAGGAAAACACUCCAGUGGGAUCUAAGAUUGUCUGUGAUAAGGACAGGACUGUCAUUCCCGUGACCCCAGUGCUUUUCAAGGCCUUUAUCAAAGAAAAUCCUUUCUCAAAAAAGAGAUGGGACACUUGUUCAGUUGUUGGGAGUGGUGGGAUUCUGACAAACAGCGGCUGUGGAAAAAUAAUUGAUUCAGCUGAUUUUGUUUUUAGGUGCAACCUACCUCCUCUGGAAAAUGAAUUUAAGAAUGAUGUUGGCAUAAAGACUAACCUUGUGACAGCAAACCCAACCAUCUUCAUAAAUAAGUAUGGGUCACUGACGGGACGUCGCCGGCAGUUUGCAGACAGCCUCCACCAGUAUGGCAACUCCCUGCUCCUCUUUCCUUGCUUCUCCUUUGGUUUUAGUAGGGGUGUGUGUCAGCGGGCUGUGUAUGCCAUUGAGGACAUGAAAAUCCCUAUUCAACCAAUCUUCUUAAACCCUCUGUACCUUGAAAGACUGGUCAAAUUCUGGAAAUCCCAGGGGUUAAAGGAAUAUCGACCUAGCACUGGAUUAUAUAUAACUAGUCUGGCCCUGGAAUUAUGUGAAACAGUGCAUCUGUAUGGAUUCUGGCCCUUUAGUAAUCACCCAGAUAGACUCUUUCCCCUAACUAACCACUACUAUGAUAAUGUACCAUAUAAUGCAAGAGUCCAUUCAAUGCCAAAUGAGUUUUACCACUGGGUACAGCUGCACAAUAAGGGUGUGCUCAAGCUUCACCUUGGAGACUGCAAAUCAGGUCAGGUCUAGUUUAAAUGAUGGAAUAAAAAAAAUGCUUAAGUGUCCAACUGCGAAGCCAAGACAUUUUCACUGAAAUCAAUAUGUAUUAGUCAGAAGUAGGCUACAUUUUACUUUAAAAGUCUUACAAUAUAUCUCCAAAUCUCUUUAAUCCUGGAACUGGUGACUCGCGGGAAUUUCUCUGAGCUUCACAGCUUCUAGUGUAUAUCAAGAAAUUUAAUAUCUCACAUUGAACAUUAAGAAAACAAUAUCUGUUUGCUUUUCAUUUUUAAAAAACUUUUUCUAGAAUUAGAUCUAAAUGUGAGUGUCAGUUAUUUUAGUCGUGUUUUUUUUUAGAACAAGCUACCUGACUUGAGAUCAAUUACUGUCCGUACAUUCAACACCAGAUUCUAAAUCUUUCCAUUCACACAGGUCUACAGUUAAUAGGUUUUGUUAUUCUGUUUUAUUUUAUUUUGUUCUGUUGUUUUCCCUGCCAUUGUAAAUUUGCCUAUUUCUUUACAUUGGUGAUCACAUUGUGUUUCCAUGUAAUGAAAUGUACUAUGCAAAUUAAAUUGUCAUUGUCAUUAAAGGGGCUAUAAACGCUGCAUUCAUACAUGCUUUAUCUAUACUAAUAAAAAAUUGCAGG